AUGGCUUCGUCACAACGCGCUGCAGUAUAUCGGGGGGCUACUGUUGAGGAUCUCGAUCCUCCCUCGGCGCUGUCUGUAAGACCUACAGAUUCGAUUUCCAUUGCCCUCCGAAGUGCAUAUGAGCGAGACUAUACCCAUUUGACGGUCGUGUCGGAGGACACACGUGCUCUACUUGGUUAUCUAUCAAUCCCUCGCUUAAAGCAAUUGCUCAAAGAUGGAAGUGUUAAGGAGUCAGAUGUGGUCCAGCAAGCGAUGCAUAAGUUCAAUAGGAAAGGCAAAGUUUAUCAAGUCAUAACGAUGAAUACGCCUUUGGAGGAGCUCGAAACCUUUUUUGAUCGCGGCAACGACGAGAAUGGUGCAGGAGACUUUGCUGUCGUCACGGACGAAAACCGCAGGUUCGUACUCGGUGUUGCAACAAAAGGUGACCUGGAAGAGUUCGUGAAACGAAGGCCCGGCUGA